GGUGUGGUGUGUUUUUUCCCCCCUUUUGCGGGAGGGGGUGGGGCGGUGGGAAUCGUCCGCGCACGCGCGCGUACUGGCUCCUUCAUCCCUCCUUCCAUCGCUCGGUUCCAGAGGGAAGAAGAGGGGAGCGAUGGAGCGCUGGGCGGCGGCCGCCGCUGCUGCUGGCUGGCCGGGCUGGGCCUCGUGGUCCCGCUGGCCGACCUGGGAGCUGCUGGCCGCCUGCGCGGUGAUCGGCGCCCUAGGCUGGAUGCUGCGCUUGCUGGAGAGGAGGCCCGGCGGCCGGCGCCGCUGCCAAGGCCCCGGACCUGACGCCCAGGGGGCCUCCUCGUCCGCCGCCGCGACGACUCCUCCGCCGCCUGCUGCCGAGGAGAAGCAGCGCUGCCGCGGGAGCCCCCACCAAGGAACGGUAACAAUGGAUGCUAUUUUAUCACGAUUAAAGCAGCUAACUUCUGAUGAGCUCAGAGAAGAGAUCGUUAAAGCUGGACAGAAAUGUGGGCCUCUUACACUUACAACGAGAUCAAUUUUUGAAAAAAGAUUGGCCCAGGCACUAUUGGAACAGCAAGGAGAAUUAGAGGCAGAAACCUCACUUUUGAAUGGUGUACUUGGAACUGCUGCAGCUGAUGCCAGCCAACUGCAAACAAAGAAACCUUCAAGGAAUCAAAAUGGUCACAUAGGCUCCUCUGAGGAUGGCGAUUUUGGGUACAGUAUGGGUUUGAACCCCCCAGAAGAGGAAGCCCUAAUGCACAAGGCAGACAAUGAUUCUCUGAUCAGUUCUCAGACUCCAUCUAAGGAGCCUCUGCUAUACUAUGGUGUAUGUCCGGUUUAUGAUGACAUAUUGGCAAGAAAUGAGAGGGUGCAUGUAUAUGAGGAUAAAAAGGAAGCCUUGCAAGCUGUUAAAAUGAUAAAAGGUUCAAGAUUUAAAGCUUUCACAAAUAGGGAAGAUGCAGAGAAAUUUGCCAAAGGCAUAUGUGACUAUUUCCCAUCUCCAAACAAGCCCUCCUUAUCUUUGUCGCCUGUGAAAGUUUGUUCCGUGUUCAACAGAGACGGCUUAUGCUCUCCUGAGAUGGAAACCGUUAGUAAAGAGAGAGCCAACAGUUACAAAAGUCCUCGUACGCAGGAUCUUACUGCCAAGCUUCGGAAGGCGGUUGAGAAAGGAGAUGAAACAGCAUUCUUGGAACUUAUCUGGAGUAAUCCUCGCUAUCUCAUUGGCUCUGGAGACAACCCGACAAUUGUUCAGGAAGGCUGUAGAUACAAUGUCAUGCAUGUUGCGGCCAAGGAGAAUCAGCCUGGUAUCUGCCGGUUGCUAUUGGACACUUUGGAAAAUCCUGAAUUUAUGCGAUUGAUGUAUCCUGAUGAUGAUGAGAUAAUGUUACAGAAGCGCAUCGGGUACAUUGUUGACCUUUAUCUUAACACACCAGAUAAAGUGGGAUUUGAUACACCACUACAUUUUGCUUGCAAAUUUGGGAACCCAGAUGUGGUUAGUGUGCUUGCUUCACAUCCAGAUAUUGUAAAGAACCCAAGGAACAAGUACAACCAAACUCCAGCAGAAGUAGUUUGUGAAAGAAGUAAAAAUAAAACUGUGGAUCUGAAAGAGAAAAUCAGGGAAUACUUGAAAGGUCAGUGUUAUGUGCCACUCUUCAGAGCAGAAGACAAUGCCUCACAACCUGUGAUCGGACCACCUGUGAUUGGAGCACCUUGGUCACCUGAUCAGACAGAUGAUAGCCCUCAUGCUUCUUUACCCAGAUAUUUUGGCAGCCCCAAAGAUCCUGUGUUGACAGUAAGGGCUUAUGGAGGCCCAAUGAGCCCUUCUAAGGCAGAAGAGUUCCACAGACUUUGGAAGACUCCACCUCGAGAGCGAGCAGGAUUUUUUAACAAUCUCAGAAAAUCUGAUGUGGAAAGAGGCGUUGAAAGAGUUGGAAGGGAGUUAGCUCAUGAACUGGGGUUCCCGUGGGUUGAAUACUGGGAAUUUCUGGGCUGUUUUGUUGAUCUGUCUUCCCAGGAGGGGUUACAAAGGCUAGAAGCAUACCUGAGUCAACGGGAAAUGAGCUAUAAGGCUCAGCAAGAGAAAGGGGAGAAUGAAACCCACAACAGAUACAAAACCCCACAGCUUUCUGGCAAAAGUAAAAAAAGCUGCAAUUCUAUUUCUGUUGGGGCAUUUCUUGAUGAUGAUGAUAUGAGUUUGGAAGAAGUAAAGAACAGGCAGAACGCUGCCAGAAAUUGCAGCCGAACUGUUGCAUCCAAUGAACCAACCAUCACCGACAUCAGAAGCUCAGAGUGUGACAUCCUGUCCAUUGAGCAGACUGAAAGCAUAAUGCCUACAGCAGAAACUUCUGAUAGGCACUCGGAGAAAGGAGUUCCUGCCAGUAAAAAUGGAUUUUGUAGCCCUGUGACCAGUGAUAGGACAUUAAAUCCUCAUAGGAGGCACCCAAGUCGAGGAGAAGAGUGCCUUCCGUCUCCAGUCUCCAAUUUAAUGGAAGAAUUUGAUAAGCUGUCUUGUCAGGAUCAGAUGGUGGCAGGAGAACGUUCACCAGAGAAGCCAAGCCAGGCUGCCACAAAAAGCGGGUGUGAGAGUGCUCAGAUGGAAAAUACAAGGCAGCUUAGAAAACCUAAGGACCAUCUCACUAAGACUUAUUCACCGCUUCUCAAGGCGGGUGCAGCUGCUGAGGAUACAAAAAUAAGGACAGAAGAAAAAAAACCACUAGAAGUGGGGAGGCUGUCAGCAGAAACUGAUGUCCGGGGAGGGGAGACAAAACAGUCUUGCAGUUCUGAAUUGCAGUCUGAGAUGUCCUCGCAAUGUCUCCUAAAAGUCUCAUCCUCAAACGAAAAAGCCAAGCAGCUGUUUCUCUUAGGGGAACAGCCAACAAAACUGGACAAUGAUGUGUUAACAGCAUUACAUGGGUUAGAGAUGGAUCCACAAAAAUACCCUGCUAUUUACAAGUGGAGUGUGUCCGUUCAGUCCUACUCUCCUUCUGACCGGCAAAGUUGGUCAACUCCAUCACUAAAAGGAAGAUUCAAAUCUCAGACAGCUUCAAGCCCUUCAAGUGGUCUGGCAUGCUGUAGCCCAGGAAAGAGCAGUCCAGUAUUUGGUAGUCCUGGGAAAUACAAUGUAGGUGCUGCCAGCUUCUCCCCCGAUUCUGGGAGCCCUGGAUGGUACAGCCCAGCAUAUGUGAACUACGUUAUGUUAUCUAAGCGCCAUCACUUCUAAGCACCCGCUCAUCUAUUAGAAUGUGACUCUUUUUAAAAUUUCAGUUAAGUAUUUUUAAAAGGAAGGCAUAAAAUAGGGUGUUGAAACACAAAUAAUGUACCCCAAACUCAUUUUAUUUAUUGCUGUCAGAGAAAGGGCUGCUUGUAGCAAAUAUUUUUAUUCCAUUUACCAGAUUAUUGGUGAUUUGCAGAUUAGUAAGUUAAAUUAGAGCACCUGAAGAGUUUAAGCAUUUCCUAGAACCUAGAAGUUACUUUUCUUGGACAUUUAUCCAUGUCCAUUUUACUAUCUGUACAGUGCUUCUCACUGGGAUCCCUUUCACUGUAGCAACUGUAGAUUAAAGGGAACUCAAGGCAAGUUGUCAAGUUUUAAGGUCUUCCAGUUGAGCUGAAAGGAGGAAAGCUCUUUUCUAUGUAUGUAGACUGCAAAUUUAUAGUUUGUUAAUUUAUCUAAUUAGAGGUAUUUUAAAAGAGCCAAACACUUCAGUGUCCUAUGUUCUUAAUGAUAGAAACGAGUAUUUUGUAUCCAAACAAUUUCUCUACCACAGUCCCACUUACCAUGGGCAGAUUUUUCUGUUCUUCAGGGGGGCAGGGCACAUUAACUUUUAAAUGAAAGGCCAAUGCUAAAGUUUGUUAGCUACAGGAAAACUAAUUCCCUUUUGGAGACUUCUGGGAUAAUGCAGCUGCCAUUAAAAUAGUAAAACUUCAGGCAGCUUAAGUUUUGACAUUUUGGAAGGACUCCUUCAGACUUUGAUAAAGUCUGUGUUAUUAGUGGCUGUAUUCACUGCAAGCCUUUUUAGUAGCCUAGAUCUCUACUGCACAUAGAGCUGUCGUGGCUUCCUUAUACCAAGUGUGAGCAUUUUGUAUACUGUUUCUGAGUGUGAUGAUUUGGUACAAAACUCCAGAACCGCACUUAAGAUUCUUCCAGUUUUAUUAGUGCCUUUUGUAACAUUUUUAUCUUGCUUUUUAAUAAGUGCUGUUCUCUUAUGUAAACAGUAACCAUGUUUAACUUUCCAACACUUUUGGAUGCAGGUUUUUUUAAGCUGUUCCCUUAUAGUUUAAAGACUUGAAGAGAUGCUGUAACCAUCCAUUUAUUAUUUUGUAUAUUUAAUGUAGGUGGUCUAAAUGUAAAUUACAGAAUAAAUAUUUCCAGAUUGGCUGGGUCUUUAUCAUUAUCCCAUUGUUUAAAUGGGCAUGCAAAUAUACAGCCUCUCUUGGGUGCACCUCAAUUCCCUUACAUGACUAUUCUUUUCUGUAUAAUUUUCCAUUAGAAAUUAGAGUGCCGUUCAACAGAUAUACAUAUUGAAGCUGCCUUCUAACAUAGGUUUCUAUGACUUUGACAAGAGACUAUAGAAGGAAUUUCUUGACCUCUGUAGUGGAAUAUUUAGAGGUGCUUAAUUUAGAAGUCAGCUUUUAUAAAUCUGUCACCAUGGUAUAUGGUUAUCUAGGAAGUCCAAACCAACUUAAAAUAGCUUGCUAAAAACACUUAUCACUCUGAGGUACGAUGCCUUCCACAAUACUGAAAAUAAGCUCUCAACACUCACUGAUCUUUAAGCUAAUAUAUAUGCCACUGUUCCAAGGCACAGCUGCCCCUUAAGUGACGCUCUCUAUGGUGUAUAAAGAGCAUUCUUGCUUAGAAUCUUCAGACUGUUGGUUUUAAAAGAAAACCAACUUUAAGAAAUUGACAGUGUUUUGUUGUAACUUCUUUGCUUUAUCCUUGUUAUGCAUACCUUUUUGUAUUUAAGAGUAGGGGUUGUAGUGACCAAGUCAUACUUGGAGCAGACCCAAUGAAAUUGAAGGACCUAAGUUAAUCAUGCUCAUUAAUUUCAGUGGGUGUACUCUCAGUAAGACUCACAUUGGAUAUAACCCUGUGUUGCCGCAGCACAAGCCGAUCAGUUUGUAACACUUGCCAGGGGGGCGUCUAAAGGGUUAGUGUUAGAAACAUAUUAAUGUUUAGAAUUCACAUUCGAGUCCUUUUUGUCAAUGUGUUCAAGUGAAUUUUUAACAAUCUUAUUAAAUUUGUUUAUUUAAAAAGC